GACAGCGACAACUAUUCACAAUGGAAAAUAUUUCAACCAUUUUAAUGUUCACCCUCUCUGGUUUAGAUGGAACCAUGGAAAACAGAUAUGUGUUUUUUUGUUUGACAGCAUUGGCUUAUAAUUUUAUUUUAUUGUGUAAUAUCACCAUAAUUUUCUCCAUUGCCUCAAAUAAGCAGCUUCAUGAGCCUAUGUACAUAUUUUUGUGUAAUUUAUGUAUAAAUGCACUCUAUGGCACUUCUGGUUUCUACCCUAAAUUAAUGUAUGAUUUGCUGUCCCAUAUUCAUUCUAUUUCUUAUGCAGGAUGUCUGACUCAAAUAUUUGUUAUUUAUUCAUCUGCUUUAUGUGACUAUUCAACUUUAACAGUAAUGGCCUAUGACAGGUAUGUGGCAAUAUGUAGACCACUAAAAUACCACUCAGAAAUGACAAACCACAAAAUUGUAAAAUGUAUCCUUUUUUGUUGGCUUGCACCAUUUUUUUCCAUGGCUGUUUUAGUCUUGUUAACAUCAAGACUAACCUUAUGUGGCUCAAAUAUUGAAAAACUAUAUUGUGAAAAUUGGGCAGUUGUUAAACUGGCAUGUUCCUCUACAACAGUGAAUAAUGUGAUUGGAUACAUAAUUAUAAUUGUGUAUUUUGGACAUGCAGUGUUGAUUGUUAGCUCAUAUAUUCAGUUGAUUGAAAAAUGUAAAAAUUCACAAGAGGGCAAGUACAAAUUCAUGCAGACUUGUAUGCCACACCUGCUGGUAUUGUUCAAUGUUACUAUUGCUUUGCUUUUUGAUGUUCUUUACAGUCGAUAUGGUUCAACUUCCUUUCCACAGGGCUUGAGAAAUUUUUUUGCACUGGAUUUCCUAUUUAUGCCCCCUAUUUUAAAUCCCAUUAUUUAUGGACUAAAACUGACUAAAAUACGUAAGCAGGUCAUGGGACUACUAUUCAGUCAUUGCUGUUGCCAAAACCUAAAAAGUUAA